UGGGCGGAUCGAUCCUGAAGUAUCGAUACUGAGGUUGUAUCGAAAAGGAUCGAUCCUAACAUACAAAUAUUGAUACUAUGUGUUUUUAGUUUUUACUACUGAUUUUAUUUAUUUACUAAUGUAGCUAAUAAUUGUAUAAUGAAGAAAAACUAUUUCCCAAACACCUAGUUUUGCACACGUUGCUCCUCCCUGCCCUGCUGUGUUUUGUAGUCCGCUAUCACGUGACUCAGCAGCGCCAAGCGCGAGAACGCAGACGCUGCUGCAGCCGGCGAAAAGAAGAGGAGCAUCGUGUGGAGUUUUUUCACCUCGGUGCGAACUGCGAUGUAUGGCAGUGGGCCUUUGCGGGUAAAAAGCCAAAGAUUGAAACCUUCUUUAACUGACAUGUCUGAGCGAAGUGGCAAGGUCCAGACGGUGCUGGGUCUGAUCGAGCCUGAUCAGCUAGGACGCACUAUGACCCACGAACACCUCACAAUGGCGUUCGAGUGCUGCCACGUUCCCCCGGCGCCAGGAGACGAGGAUCUUGCCACAGCUCCCAUUAAGAUGAAGAAUAUUCACUGGUUGCAGCAAAACCCGUACAGCCACAAGGAGAACCUGCUGUUGAAUCAGGAGACCGAGGCGGUGAAGGAGGAGUUACUUUGUUAUCGUAAAGCAGGGGGAGGCACCAUAGUGGAGAAUACCACUACGGGCAUUCAUCGAAAUCUGCCCGUUCUACGCCAGUUAGCCAAGGACACCGGUGUACAUGUUUUAGCAGGAGCUGGGUACUAUGUGGAUGCCACACACUCUGAUGAGACCAAAAAGAUGACAGUUGAGAAGCUAACUGACAUUAUUGUCAGCGAGGUGCUCCACGGAGCAGACGGUACAGACAUUCGCUGUGGCGUGAUUGGUGAGAUCGGUACUAGCUGGCCAAUCACAGAGAGUGAGAAGAAGGUCCUGCGAGCCACCGCCCACGCUCAAACUCAUCUUGGCUGCCCAGUCAUCAUCCACCCGGGGCGGAACAAAGCUGCUCCCGCGGAGGCCAUCCGCAUUCUGCAAGAAGCAGGUGGAGACAUCUCCAAAACAGUCAUGUCUCACCUUGACAGGAGCAUAUUUGAUCAUGGCGAGCUGCUGGAGUUUGCAAAGAUGGGAAGCUAUCUUGAAUAUGAUCUCUUUGGCACAGAGAUGCUGAACUACACAUUUAAUCUUGAUGUUGACAUGCCCAGUGAUAGUCAGAGGGUUCAGAUCUUGGCUUUUCUAAUUAAGGAAGGUUAUGAAGACAGGCUCCUCAUCGCUCAUGACAUCCAUACCAAGAAUCGUCUCACAAAAUAUGGCGGUCACGGCUACUCGCACAUUCUGAAGAAUAUUGUCCCCAAAAUGCUGUCUCGUGGCAUCACUCAGAACCAGGUUGACAAAAUACUUAUCGACAAUCCUAAGCACUGGCUAACAUUUAAAUAAAAAGGGCCAAAAACAUGCUUAUUAUUAACAUUUUCAGAUCACAAAACCAAAGACACAUUUUUGUUUUUCCAGGAACAUAAAAUUAUAAGAGUUAGUGGAGAAAUGUCUCCAGUUGACUUUGGUGCAAUAAUUCUUACUUUAAUGAUUAUUAAUUAAUUUAAGAUUAUAACUUUAAAAUUGUUAGCAUUGACCAGAGGCAGGUUUAAACAGUAUUUUUUUACUUAAAACUUUUUUUUUAGUUCAGAAUCACUGGUUCUGAUUCUAAAAGGUCCCUCGCCACAAAAAGUGGCUAAAUUAAAAAAUGUCAUUAAGUCAUAAAAAAAAGAUUCUUGCAUGUUAUAUAUGCAUCCCUUUGUUUGCUUUUUAAUGAUUUGAUGAAAGUGUGAAAUGGAAAUAUUCAACUUAUGGAAGCAGCUUCAUUUAGACAAAGAAGUUAAGUUGAUUAUGUCAUACGGUUCAAUAAAAUAAUUCAACUGUACUUUUGUUUUUGAUGAAAACAUGGCAAUAGUGUAAAAAUGUUUUUGUAAUCUGUUAUGUUUUUUGUUAAAUGUACUGUUAUCCCUUUAAAACAACCGUUUCUUAGUUCUAAAGUGCCUGAAUACGAAAAAAUGCCUGACCGUAAGUCUACUUGCCUUGCACAUUCAAGCCUGAUGUUUCACAUUCAUUAUUGGAAGACAUGCAUUGUGACAGGUCAUUGUAGAGGACAGAGAGAUGAGGAUUCUCCAGAGCAGGUGGCCGCUCACAGCGACUCCUCUAGUAAAAUAAUGAUAUUGUCAUUUGCUUUGUGUCUCUGUAACAGCAAGCUAAUGUAAAAAGUGUGCUGUGAGUCAUCCAGAACUAUGAAUACCUACUUAGUCUUGCAUCUUUUUUUU